AUGCAUAUUCAUUUCUUGAGCCUCAUCGCAAUCGCGAGCUUCGUUAUCGCAAGACCAGGACCGGAGUCGAAGGAAGUGCCUGAUACACCUUUCGCCGUUGAGUUCCCCGACGGAGAAGACAGUCUCCCAUACCCCGAAGCCAACCACACUCUGGUGACGCGCGACGAACCCCCUUGGCCAGGCGUGUUUUCGUGCCAGCAGCGCAACUUCCGCAAACCGUGCACUUGGGAGCCCACGGGUGGGAAAGGCGCCCUGGAUUGCCAUAGAAUUAAGUAUGGUGCCAGCACUUACGACCCAGAUAGCUCGUUCGGUCCCGACAAGGGAGUGACUUGCAAGAUGUACGGAGGCAGCAACUGCGAAUCCACCACGCCAAUACUCGUGGUUGAGUACCCUGGUGGAAAUCUCCUGGAUCUGGGCCGCAACGCGAACAGUUUCCCGAAGGACUCAGUCGAAGGCUUUUUUAGUUACCGAUGCAGGAGCUGGAAGCAAACCGAGUCUGACCCGGAGCAGACCAAAUACUUGCCCCUGCCGAAGAAGCCAUAG